AUGGAUAAACUCACAAACAUGUUCUCGAGUCUGCUCCCACCCCAGAUGAGGGAUUAUGCUGAGCAGGUCUAUCGCGAUAACAUGUCUGCUCAGAAUGCCAAUAUCCGCGUCAUACCCCCAGACCCUAGGACAGAAGGGGGACCUCCUUUCGAUGAGAUCGAUGAAAGUGGAGGCAUUGAUAACGUCCUGAAGCAGAUGAUAAACUCCUUUGCAAAGAACCAAACCCCGAGGUUUCCCAUUCCACAAAGGUUGCAAUGCGCAAAUGUCGAGGUCGAAAAAUACAAGACUUGCGAUAAUCCAGGUACGAUGGCUUGCAGUGGCUGUAAAUUGGUUUCCUAUUGCUCCAAGGUGCUCUUCUUUCAGUUUUGUUCCGGUUUUUUCUCAUUGAAAUUUCAGGAAUGCCAGAAAUCUCAUUGGCGCGUUCAUAAGCGAGAUUGCAAGGAUCCUAUGCUGGCUAAAGGUUGGAAGCCAGCUUGGAUCGUCGAGCAUCGUCGCGCCUCAUUCCUUAAUGGGAUGUCUCCAUUUGAGGAGUUCCUUCAGAAGGGAAUGGAUGAAUUCUCAUCGGGGGUUUCUUUGUGGGGAAAUAUGCCCGCAAUGGACGUGCUAAAUUUACCCAAAAAUGAAAAGGACUCAACCACAGAUUUUUCGCUUGCGUUCGUUGCCUCAGGAGACCUUCGACAUGUCAUCCGAACUGUUAACUCCCUUCCUCCCGACUUUUCAGGAAAUCUCAACAUUUUGGUCAAUGAUCGUUGCUUGCCUAUCGUCUGCCGCAACAUAAUUUUGCUCCUUAUCUUGGGGACAAUUUCAGAUGAACAUUUGGCUGCCGACGUUGCACUCCAUUUCUGGUACUCUACGUUCAUGCCCCACGAAUAUCGGAUGAGAAUCUCAGCCAUGUUUACUUCGCUGAUUUUACCGCAAACCACGCCAGGUAGCCCCAUCAUAUGUUCCUGCCCCUUGGGUCGCAAUUCGACCAUAUCAUUUUCCCUUCCCAACGAGGCAAUGCGGUACUUCGCUUACUAUAGCUCUAUGGACGUCUCUAUUAGUCAAGUACAAGACGAAUAUGACCGAAUAAGGAACGCGCCUUCACGCCGCGAUUUUCGUGAGCGCAUGUACGCAAAACUGAAGCCUCCCCACCGUGUCGCCUUCCACGAAUUUCGCCGCUUCGGUAUUGUACUUCCGUUUGGCGCAUUGAACGCUCACUUCAAUGUCCCGAAUCUCUCGCUAUUCUCGUUCGAGGGAAGGUGGCUUCAGACAGACUAUGCUGACCCUCUCGAAGGCUGGGAUUUGGGCGAAGUCACAGAAGUCGGGAAAGCGCAUGGGGCAACUCCCCAAGACAUAUAUGGCUGUCUCUACUUCUUCCUUACCGCGCAGCUGCGUACUUUUCACCAGCGUCUUCGUCAAUUUCCAGUCACGUUUAACGUAUAUUCAAUGGAUGCCCGCGAUCUCUCAAAAGCCUUGCGAAAUGAUGGAAUUCAUGGAAAGGCUAAACCUCCGUCGACACGUUACGACCGCAUUGAAGUUUCAAACAUCCUGGACGCCAACUACGUUGGAUUGAGCGACGUUCUGAGCGAUUGGGCUCCCCUUCUUGCUGAAACAAGGACGGCAUCCAUCGUUGGCUACUUCAUGAAUUGGUUUGUUACUCAAGAAGACGGGCGUGCUUCCGGUGCAGGGAAGGCCGCCAUUGAAAAUGUUCUCGACAAGAUGGUGAAAGGGGAGAAGAACGGACCCGCUAACUGCCCAAUAGGUGACGUGGAAACAAUGAUGUAUCUCAUAUCAGCCGACAUGGACGCUUUAUAUGAAAAUUCAAAACCCUUCGAGAAGUUUCUCAGGAAGCAAGGAUUAGAGAAUACGCUCCGACAGACGCGAUUGAAAUUGAGGGAAAGACAUACAAUUGUUCCACAUGUAUCUGUCCAUCCUUUAUCACGGUGA